GCCUUUGGUGGCAGAAGGCAGACAGCUUUGUGUCAUUGCGUAUGGCAAUGCACUUCGCGAAGCUCCAGAUGAGGAUGUUGCAGAGGAGGAGGACGCCAGAAAAGAUACGAAAGCAGUUGCCAGUGAAACGAAAUGGAACUCACUGCCUGGAGAGCUGAAGCUGGCACUUCGACGGGUACACGUCAAUUUGGGGCAUGAAACAACAGCACGCAUGUUGGGAGCAAUGAGAUUGAGCAGGGCAUCAGUAGUGGCCAUCCGAGUCAAUGUGGAGAUUGGUCUGGAUUUGCUGCAUGAAAAGGAUGCCAAUGGUCAUUCAUGGAGUUGGCCCAAUGUCCUUUGUCAAGUACAGACCGUGCAAAAUACUUCUUCGAAGACUUCAGUGAAGCGAUGGCGGCAGAAGGAUGCUACUAAGCGUCGCCAUGGCAACUUGGACAAGUUGAAAGAGACGGAA